UUGUCCUGCCCCCCUCCCGAAUCACCUCACCUCCUCGCAUUUACAGCCAGCUCGAGACCAUGCGCUGGAGGCUACGAUUUUGCAUUCCAUCUCCGUGAGACCCUGGCAGCGGGGUAGCCCGGGCCCAGCAGCUACACCCGAACGAGCAGCUCACCACCGAACCCAUCUCCGACCAUUUACCACCGACCCCAGUACCCGUAAACCGUGACCGAUCUCGACGACCAUCUCGACGACGUCACCGCUAAGUUCUGUAAGAAACCUGUGUAGCUGCAACUGGUCGACCUCUGCAUCAGGCCCUGCGCCUCAAUUGCCGCAGCUUCCAACAUGCCUCGCACCACCAACAGUAACAACGUUGCUCGCGCAGCUGCUGUGUCCCGGACAGCCUCGUCCGGCUCCUUUCACGCAGGCGCUCCCAUCCCAACCCUAGGGAAUAUUGAAUCCAGCCGGAGGACCACGAUGCGACGCCAAUCUACUCACCGAUAUCAUACCUUUCCGACACCACCUCCCAAGACACCCCGCGAGCAAUCAUCCGCAGAGCUUUUCCCACAUUCCGACGAUGAUUCCGAUGCAUCAGACGACGACCACCGGCAGACUCCUCUGCCCGUCAAGCAGCUUGCUUUGCUUGCCUUCCUCUCCCUGAGCGAGCAGACAGCACUAAACUCCAUCGGCCCUUACCUGCCUCAGAUGGUAGAGUCCUUCUCCGAUAUACCAGAUUCUCAGACGGGCCUAUACGUUGGAAUCCUUGCCUCGGCAUUUGCGCUCGCCCAACUAUCAACGAACCUAUUAUGGGGCUAUCUGUCAGACGUCGUGGGUAGGAAACCAACCAUGGUUCUGGGUACCUUCAUGUUAGCAGGCUGUUUUGUGGGCUUCGGGUUCUGCAGGACCUACUGGCAGAUCGUAGUCGUUCAUGUGGCCAUGGGUAUGCUCAAUGGCAAUGCUGCCGUUGUUCCCACAGUUCUGGGAGAAGUGACGGACCGCUCCAACCAAAGUCGGGCCUUCACAUGGCUUCCCGUCAUCUACUCCCUAGGCGGCAUUACGGGUCCGGCCUUGGGCGGGCUACUGGUUGGUACCAUGGGAAAGCGGUACCCAUAUCUUGCGCCCAACUUGCUGAGUGCAGGGCUAUUAUUCAUCAGCGUGAUUGUCGUCGCAAUCUGGUUCGAGGAGACACUGGAAACGUUGGAGCCAGACCACGCAGCUUGGAUUCCUGCUUGGGCGCGCAAAGCUUGGUCCUGGGUCUCGCGAGAAGCGCAACCGCGCAGAGGUUCGUGGGCCACACGCUGGCCUCGCCGCGGAUCACAGGCCGUGGUCAGCACCGACGACGACGAGGAAGAAGAAGAUGACGAGGACGAGGCAGGGGAGGAUCAAGGGUUGCUUCAGCAUGCAUCCGAGAACGAUGCCCAUGCCGACGAUGACGCUAAGCUCCCGGGCGACCUAGCGACAUGGCGUCAACUUUUGAAUCGCAAUACGGUUCUCGUACUGUUAACCUACCUAGUAUUCCAGUUGUCCAACAUCUCCUUCAACAGCUUGUACCCGAUCUUCGCCGACGCCAACCCUCCAACAGGACGCGGUCUCCCGCCAAGUAAGAUUGGUAUCAGUCUAAGUCUGGCCGGAGUGGCCACCAUCGUCUUUCAAGCUUUCCUCUUCCAGCACUUGAAGACGCGGCUGGGAAAUCUGGGCACCUACCGCAUAGCCCUGCUGGGAUUGGCUGUUAGCAUGGCACUGAUGCCCUGGAUUCCCUACUUGGACGACGAGCCGCUGUUCGGCGUCGGCAGCGGUCCGGCUUGGCUGUAUGCGGAACUGGGCGUCAUCCUCAUCAUCAAGAACAUCUGCGCCGUGGGCGGACUGUCCAGCGUCAUGCUCUUGAUUACGAACUGUGCACCGAAUCAUGCUACUUUGGGAACAUUGAACGGCAUCGCUCAGACGCUGUCCGCCGCGGGCCGCAGCUUUGGUCCGUUCGUCUCUGGCUCCCUUUUCACGCUAUCCACGCGUGUCCAUCCCAAGGGUGAGGCCCUGGUCUGGGGCAUAUUUGGCGGCAUUGCCCUCUUGGGAUGGGUUGGAUCCCUCGCCAUCCGCAACCGUGGUCUCGAGAGUGACGAUUGGGUUGGCGAGGAAGAUGGCACUGACGGCGAAAAUGAGCCAUGAGCCAUUGUACCAAUCUCUUGCCGCGAAGAUCGACACAUGUGUCAACCCCGCUAGGUUCAUGUUUGUAAACGGUCGAAAAAUGUUUCGGAUAAUCAUAGCAUUGGGGAAAAAAAAGUGUCGGAAAUGCCUGGUUCAAAGCGGAUAUAUUUGCAUCAAUAGAAGAGGGUGGAACCAGCUCAC